GCGCCGGACUCAACCGCACCUGGCCAUGGACUCGUUCCUGCAGCGCAUGCCGCCCGUGACGCGGUACAUGCUUGUGGCCAUCUUUGUCCUCACUCUUGGCGGUAACUUUGGUCUUAUCCCUCCGCAGUACCUGCUCCUGGACCUGAAGCUCGUCUGGUCGCGCUUCCAUGUGUGGCGGCUGGUGACCUGCUUCUUCUUCAUGGGCCGCCUCGGCUUCCCCUUCCUCAUGAACACCAUGUACUUUUACCGCUACUCGACCAAUCUGGAGAACCAGAGCUUUGACGGCCGCCCGGCAGACUACGUGUACAUGCUCUUGGUGUGUGGCUCGGCGCUCAUUGUCGCCGGCUGGGGCCUCGGCCUUCCAGUCCUCGGCAUGGCCCUCAUCAUGUCCGUCAUCUACCUCUGGUCACAGCGGAACAUGGGCAUGGACGUCUCGUUCAUGUUUGGCAUCACCUUCAAGUCGCAGUACCUGCCGUGGGCGCUCUGCGCCCUUACUGUCCUGCUCGGCGGCUCGCCCAUCGUCCAACUGCUCGGCAUUGCCGCGGGCCACCUGUACUACUUUCUGCACGACCUCUAUCCGCUCUCGCCGGGCGGCGUCCAGUACCUCAACACUCCGCAGUGGCUCACCAACCUCAUCCCGCCCACUGGCGGCGCCGCCGUCAGCGGUGCCGCUCCCUUUGCACGCCCCGGCGCAGUUCCCCCGCCCGCUGGCGGCCCGCCCCGCGGCCACUCGUGGGGCUCGGGCCGCCGGCUGGCGGACUGAUGCGCUGCGAAUCGGGCCGACUCAUUCACGGAUGCCGAUGCCGUGCGCAGCCAAGCCGAGACUGCUGCCGCCUCGCGUAAGGCUGAUCCACCUGCCGUCCCAUGCGUGCGCGCCUUUGCAGCGCUGGUGUGGGCCGGCGCGGAGGACCCGCUCCAUGACUCCACCGCGCGCCCAAGACAGGAUCUCCAUCUCCCUUGCACAGUACCCUGCCAGAUUCCCAUCUCUCGACGCCAAGCACCGUCGGCGAGGAGGUCCUGACAGGGUGCUGAACUCCGCGGUCGGGCGAGCACGUGUCGCCACCGGACAGUAAUACUCAGGUCAGCGCCG